AUGAAGCCGUCAACAUCAAUUUUAUCAAAGAUUCCCCUAUCAAUACGAUUAAGCUUACAACAUCUCAGACAAUCACAUAAUGAAGCGACACUCGGGCAAGACAAAUCAACAGGUGGCAUUAAUUUCGAAUUGAGUGCCGAACAGAAAGAAAUGCAGCAAUUAGCACGCAAAUUUGCUCGAGAAGAAAUUAUUCCACAUGCGGCACAUUACGAUAAAACCGGAGAGUAUCCGUGGCCAAUUGUGAAAAAGGCUCAUGCACUCGGCUUGAUGAACACACAUAUUCCAACAAAAUAUGGUGGUUUGGGUCUUGGCAUUCUGGAUACAUGCGUCAUUACGGAAGAAUUAGCUUACGGUUGUACUGGUGUCCAAACGGCAAUCGAAGCUAACUCACUUGGAAUGGCGCCUGUCAUUGUUGCUGGUAAUGAUGAACAAAAGAAACGAUUUUUGUCACGCAUGAUCGAAGAGCCAUUGAUGUGUGGAUAUUGUGUAACAGAGCCCGUUGCUGGUUCAGAUGUUGCCGGUAUAAAAACCAAAGCCGAAAAGAAAGGCGAUGAAUACAUCGUCAACGGACAAAAAAUGUGGAUUACUAACGGAGGUAAUCCGACAAAGAAUUUCCAAUCACAAGAAACACUUGUUUAUUUAGGUGUGGCUAAUUGGUUCUUUCUCUUGGCUCGUACCAAUCCUGAUCCAAAAGCGCCAGCAAGCAAGGCAUUUACAGCAUUUGCUAUUGAAGCUGAUAGUCCAGGUUUAACACGCGGUCGGAAAGAAUGGAAUAUGGGCCAACGAGCAUCCGAUACCCGCGGUCUUACAUUCGAAGAUAUGCGCGUACCUGCUGCUAAUGUUCUCGGUAAAGAAGGCGAUGGUUUCAAAGUUGCUAUGUUAGUUUUUGAUAAAACUCGUCCACCUGUUGCUGCUGGCGCUCUUGGUCUUGCCCGUCGUGCACUGGAUGAAGCGACACAAUAUUCAUUACAACGCAAGACAAUGGGUAAAUAUAUAGCCGAACAUCAAGCGGUUGCCUUCAUGCUUGCUGAAAUGGCUAUUGGCAUCGAAGCAGCACGCUUAGUCACAUAUUUGUCUGCUUGGCAUGUCGACAAAGGUGAUAAAAACACGUACUAUGCAUCGAUUGCCAAAGCUUUAGCAGCGGAUGUUGCGAACAAGGCAGCUACCGAUGCUGUUCAAAUCUUCGGUGGUAAUGGAUUCAACAGUGAAUAUCCCGUUGAAAAGCUUAUGCGUGAUGCUAAAAUCUUCCAAAUUUACGAAGGUACUGCACAAAUUCAACGUUUAAUCAUAUCUCGUGAAAUCAUGUCACGUGCUAAAUCAGCAGCUCAAUAG